AUGUUAAUUGAAAAAUAUAAAAAAGGUAUUUUAUAUUUAAUAGUUCUUCAAAUUUUAAAUUUAUUUAUCUGUUUUAAAUUUAAAAGUAAAGUAAAAUAAAAUUUACUAAUUAAUACUAAAAUUAAGUUAUUUAUCAAAUUAAGAAAAAUGGGGUGCAAAAAUUCAAAGCAGUAAAAAAACCAUAAAGAAAUUAACUAUACUGAAACAAAAAAUGAAGGAAAGUAAGAAGACUAUUGUUAGAGUCAUCAAGAGCUGAUAAAGAUAUCAAACAUCAAAAGUUUCAGUAGUCUUACAGAUUGCUCAAAUCCAGAUUAAAUUACUUUGCUAGACUUAAAGCCGACUUAAAAUAAUUAAGGGAAUUUAAUAAUACAAGCUUUGUAAAAUUUUACUAAUCUAAAUUCACUAAUAUUAGAUUUUAGGUAAUAAGAUUUUAUAUAUUUAAUAUAAUGUAAUUUAUAUAAAAGUAGAUAGAGAGUUUAUUUAAAUUCAAUUUUUAUUAAAUAAAUUUAAAAAGAGCAAUUAAAUAAAAAUAAAAUACCAUUAUAAAUAAUAAAGCAUUAUUUUUUGGAGAGAUUGUUUAAUUUCACUCUUGAUUAGUAAGAAUUUAAAGAUUUAUUUUAGGCUCUUAAAAAUGUAGCUUGUAUUUAGAAGUUAGAUUUGAAUCUAUGGAUGUCUAAAAUCAACAAUAGUUUAUUAACUGAGCUAGCAUUUUCUUUAUAGGCAUAAUCAAAUAUUCUUUUUCUUUCAUUAAAUUUAAUCGAAAAUGACAAAAUUAAAUAAGAAGAAAUGGAAAUUUUGUAUCAGGGAAUAGCCGAUUGCAAAAAUUUAACGUUUUUAAAGUUAGUGACUCCAGUAAGUGCAAAUACCAACAAAUCUUUGAGUGAUUUAGGGAAUCUUAUUUUGAAUCAUCUAAUUAAAUUAAAAGAGUUGUAUCUCACUCUUAAAUGCUGUUAAGAUGUUUAGAAUUUGAUAAAGCUGUUAUCUAAAACCAAAAGCAUUACAUUUAUAUAUUUUAAUUUAUGGAAUUUAAAUAAUAUAAAAGAAUUCGAUACAUAUAAAUAUCAAUUAUGCAAAUCAAGGAGACUAUCAAAUAUAAAAAUAUUAUUAUGA